UUCACUCUCGUUUCAUCGUUUGCAAACAACAAACAAACGCUCAUUCGGUGCGAUCAUGAAGUUAUUUGUCGUGUUCAGUGCCAUACUCUGCGUGGUAGCAGCUCAACAGGGCUACCCUCGUGGUGGUCCCCAGCAGGGGUACUCCUCUGGUGGUCCCAACGGUGAUAGAUUCAGCUCAAGCAAUUCCCAAAACGACCAGGGAUUUAAUGGAUACCCCGAUCGCGCUGAUGAUCAGGCCGGAGAGGAAGAAGUGGGCUCCAUUCCCGGACGUCCCGGUGAGGAUUACCCCAUUUACGACACUGUUCCCGAGACUGCCUUCAAAUGUGAGGAGCAAGAGUUCCCCGGAUACUACGCCGACCCUGAAGCUCAAUGCCAGGUCUUCCACAUCUGCCAGACCGGUGGACAGAUGGACAGCUUCCUGUGCCCCAACGGAACCCUCUUCAACCAGAAGUACCUGGUCUGCGACUGGUACUUCAACGUGGACUGCACCCAGGCCGAGAGUCUUUGGCGUGAAACCAACGAGGCCGUCGUCAACGCCAUGAAGGAAGCCGACGAGCGCAUCGCCCGCGAACGUGCCUCUCAGCAGGGUGGUUAUGACUCCAACGCUCAGAGCAUCGGUGGUGCCCAGAACGACUACGUCUCCAACGGUGGCUACCAGUACUCCAAUGGAAACAGCAACAACCGCAACGGACAGUCCAACAACAGGAACGGCCAGCAGCAGUCCACCAACGGAAACCGCAACAACGGCGCUUCCACCCCUAGCAGGACUUACGGCACCCCCAGCACCUCCUUCAGCGCACCCUCCGCUGGCGCUCGCACCCCUAGCAGCACUUACGGCGCCCCCUCAACCUCUGGACGCAAUGGUAAUGGAAACGGCCGCACCAAUGGCCGUGGCGCCACUUCUUCCAUCCGCACUGGAUCUGGUUUCGCUUCUGCCACUGCCAGCUACUCCUCCAACGGCCGCAAUGGUGCUGCCCCCGCUGCCCCCAGCCAGCAAUACGGAGCCCCCUCUCGUAACGGAAACACCCGCAACGGAAGCAGCCGCAACGGAAACAACCGCAAUGGAAACGGCUACUCCAACGGCACCCCCAGCACCCAGUACGGAGUCCCCAAUGGCAACGACCGUUUCGGAUCUGCUCCCAGCGCCCAGUACGGCCCCCCUGACCGUGCCUCCAACGCCCUGGGUGCUCCCCUCACCCAGUACGAUCCUCCCUCCGGCUCCGGAGACUCCUUCGGCUCUGCCCCCAGCACUCAGUAUGGCGCCCCCAACGGCGGCUACUCUGAUGACUUUUCUGCUCCCAGCUCGCAGUACGGUCCUCCCAGGGGCAACUCGCUUGAUCGCUCCUACCUGCCCCCCUCAAAAUAAACAUGUGCUCAUUGUGAUGUUUAUGUACAUAAAUGAUGAAACAUUAAAUUAUUGAAUUAACAA